AUAUGUAUAGUGUUGACAAAUCUCUCAAAAAAAAGGCGCCGAUUCAAAUAUGAAACAAUUAAAACAGAUAAAUUUCAUGUGAAGUGAACUGAAUUUUUUAGGGCUAAAUCAAAUGUAACACUGAGCAAAAUACAAAAAUUGGUGGCAAGGCGGGUAUAACAAUUCCAUUGCUUGCUAGUGCUGAAUAGUGUUUAUGGUAAAGUGUGUUGGUAAAUUACUCAAAUCAAUGGCGCCAACUUAGGCAUGCAAAAAAAAACUUUUACCAGUUAUAUGUGUGUCUGCUUUAUGACUUAAUAGUCGUGAUAAUGACUAAAGUUAAACACAGACCCUAUCUCAAAUCGGGCACUCGAGCAGAUAAUCAAAGUGAAAUGAAUUCUUGUUGGACGUAUAAAUGGCACAGGUGUAGCCAAUUCAUGUUUCAGUCGCUCAGCAACGACGCGAGAUUCAAGUGAAGUAUUAAUGGCAAAUAUGAGUUCUGAACCAACGGCGGAUAAAUCCACAAAACCCAACAAGUUUGGUGCUCGUCACUGGCAGGCGAUACUCUUAUUUUUGGGUAUGAUGAUCAAUUACUUCCAGCGGGUGAACAUCUCGGCAUCAAUUGUGCCAAUGACACAAUCAACAGCUGAUGCUCCUUAUUACAAUUGGGAAACGUCCCAAAAGUCCUUAAUACUGAGCAGCUUUUUUUGGGGCUACGUGGUCUCCCAGGUUCCAUCAGGUCUGUUGGCCAAACGCUUUGGCGCCAAAUAUGUUAUUAACUUUAGCACGGCUAUUGGCGGCAUCUUGUGCUUCUUUCAUCCACUUGCGGCCGAAGGUGGCUGGAUUAACGUUUGUGUGAUGCGCGUGCUAACUGGUCUUGUUCAGGGCAGCAUCUAUCCAUGUAUGCACACACUGCUGUCCAAGUGGGUGCCCCGCACGGAGCGUGGUUUUCUCAGCACGGCCAUCUAUUCGGGCGCCCAAUUUGGCACAGCUGUCAUUUUGGUUAGCAGUGGCGCCAUAUUCGAGUCCUCAAUGGGCUGGCCGGGUUUGUUCUAUUUAUCGGGCGGACUGAGCUUGGCUUGGGUACUGCUCUUCGCCUGGAAGGGUGCCAAUGACCCGGCCACAUCGAAGAGCAUUUGCAAAACCGAGCGAGAAUACAUUCAAAGUCUUACGGGCAGCAAUAAUAACGGACAGUCCCUCGCUGUACCGUGGAAAUCAAUCUUCACUUCGCCGGCUUUCUAUGGCCUGCUGGCUGCUCAUUGUGGAUUCACCUGGGGCUUUUAUACGAUGCUAACAGAGAUGCCCACCUAUAUGAGCAGCGUGCUCAAAUUGAACGUUAAGUCGAAUGCGUUGCUUUCCUCACUGCCCUACUUUGUCAUGGGCUUACUCUGUUUUGUCGUUAGCCCAAUUUCGGAUUUGCUUAUAAAUCGAGGCACAUUGACAGUCACCACAGCUCGUAAGGUGUUCAACUCAAUUGGUCAAUGGGUACCCAUGGGUUGCCUGAUUGGACUUGGCUAUAUGACGGCUAAUGAGAAGACGGAGGCCAUUGUAUUGCUAGUCUUUGCUGUAGGCAUCAAUGCCGCCUGCUUCUGUGGAUAUCUCGUGAAUCAUAUGGAUUUGUCGCCAAAUUUUGCUGGUCCUAUGAUGGGUGUUACGAAUGGAUUGGCGGGAAUCACAUCAAUCAUAGCACCUUUGGUAGUGGGUGCCAUAGUAUCGGAUGAGGAAGAUCCAACUCAAUGGCGUGUGGUAUUCUUCAUCACCGGCGGCGUCUAUCUGCUGUGUAAUGCCCUAUUCGUAAUCUUUGGCAAGGCUACGAUUCAGCCAUGGAACGAACCACCAAAUAUGUCCAGCACAAUGACAUUGCGAAAAAAUUUACAACUCGAUUCGAGAACCCUGGCUCCAACAGGUGGCAAAGAAGAUCGAUUUUAAGUUUUAUUGAUCGAGUUCUAUUAAAUUUAAAAAUUUGUAUAUAUGUUAUUAUUUUAGUUUGUGUAAGUCUAGCAUAGUCUAAAUUAAUUUUGUAAUUAAUCAUUUUGAUACAAUAAACUAUAGACAUGUUCCGUAGCCUAAAUAAAGUUUACCUCAUCUAAGUCUUAUGAUAAGACAUAUAUAAAGACCAUCAAAAGAAA